GCGAGGUCGACAUUAGGAGUUUCCGAGCAGUACGUGAAAGCAACAUCAGCUCAUUUCACAGACUCCCAGGUGAGUCUGACACGCCCUCUCUAGGACAACAACACACAGGGAGGCGUGAAAACAACCGGCAGUAUCAACACGGGACGGACAGAAAGUCGACAAAUCUUCACUAACAACACCAAACAGCGGCGGGAUAGCUUAACACUGAACAACUGCGGGAUAACUCAACACUAAACAACUGCAGCAUAACUUAACACUUACGUUACACAAGGGCGGACGUAAAGGAGCUAAUGGAGCGAUACGACAACCUGGAUUUGGACCUGGAGUGUGAUGGAGGAGGUGUAGCUCAGAAAGUGGCAAUAUUUGGUGGGAUGUUCAAAAGAUCCUCCAAGAUUGCUGAACCAUCCGCGCAAUCACAGGACACAUUAUCUGUGAACAGCAACCUUUCAAAGAGCAGCGACAGUCUGUCUGACAGCAGCACAAAGGAGAAAGGAGGCGUGUUGAAACGCAUGUUCAAGAAGGCGUCCAAAACCGCCAAAGAGGGCCAAUCACAGGACACCCUUUCACUACAAAAUCCUGAACUGUCUGUCAGUAGUGACAGCUUAACAGACAACAAGUCCUCAAAGGAGAAAUCAGGUGUGUUCGGUGGGAUACUGAAACGAGCUGGUAAACCAGGACACGCCCGGAGGCCUUCACAGGAUCUGUUGGACAACGACUUUACAGCCAGUAACGACAGUCUGUCUGAAAACACUGCAACUAAAGAGACAGGAGGAGUGUUCAGUGGGAUGUUUAAAAAAAAGGAGGAUUUGUCUGCUCCAAGCGAGCUCUCAGGCAGCACUGACAAUCUCUCUGUGAAUAGCAACACUAAGGAGACAGGAGGGAUCUUCAGUGGGAUGUUUAAAAAAUCCCCCAAACCUUUUGGAGCAACAACACAGUCUCAGGAGGAUUUGUCGGCACCCAACGAGCUCUCAGGCAGCGCGGACAAUCUUUCUGUGAAUAGCAACACUAAGGAGGGAGGAGGGAUUUUUAGUGGAAUGUUUAAAAAAAAGCUUCUUGGAUCAAGGACACAAUCUCAAGAUGAUUUGUCUGCUCCCAGCGAGCUCUCGGGCAGCACCAACAAUCUGUCUGAGGGUAAAGACACUAAGGAGAAAGGAGGAAUCUUUAGUGGUGUGUUCAGAAAAAAAGUCUCCAAAUCUCAGUCUCAGGAUGAUUUGUUUGCUGAUGGGGAGCUCUCUGCCAGCAGUGACAGCCUCAUAGAGGCGUCUUCAAAGGAGAAGGGUAAGACUGAACAAUCAGGAGAUCUAAAGGAGAAUACAGAGAAACCAAAAGCCAAGCAGAAUGGUUUCAGUGCGAUGAUGAAGAGCACAUUCUACACUGAAAAACAGGAGAAGAACUCUGAUUCUGAGGAGAUAUUGGACAGUGGAGAUGACCAGCCCAGUCACAAACAGAAGAAACUCACUGAUGCGAUGACAAAGCUGAAUCCAUUUCGAUCUGCAAAUAAACAUGAGAAGCAGGCUGGCUCAGAUGACGAGGAUCCACCUGUGAGCAGUGAGAAGUCAUCAGGCAACAAACAGAACGCCAUGGUUGGAGCCAUGUCCAAGUUGAACCUAUUUCGCUCUGCAAAUAAAAAAGACACAGAAGAUACUGAGAAGCUCACGGAGGACGAGCAACGAAUGGAAGAGAAGCCGAAAGUGGUCAAAAGCAACAUGAUCCAGCAAGAGAGAAAAGACAGAAGUGAAACACCAACGGUCCCGCCUAGACCAACUGAAGAGGAGAUGAAGAGGACGUCAACAUACAACAAAGGAAAACCAAUAGGAGCUGAGGAUAAUAAGAAUAACAAGGAUAUGACCUCCAGAGAGAAAAAAGCAAAACCUGAAAAAACUCCAGUAGUUCCUGCCAGACCAUCAGAAGAGAGCCAAUCAGAUGAUGAAGGCCUCAAAAAAGAUGAAUCUGCUGAAUCCAAAGACGAGACGAACUAUACAGAAAGCAAAACAACCAAGGUGAAAAAACACAAGCAUAAUCCGUUCAUGCCGCGAGUUGCAGCCAAGGCUUCGUCUGAUGAUGAAGGGCUGAAAGAAGAUGAUGAUUCUUCAUCCAAAGAGGAAAAGAAUGAUGAGGAUGGCAAAGACAAAGCUGAGGAGACCAAACUCAAGAAACCUAAGAGACACAAUCCCUUCAUGCCUCGGGUCAAGACUUCGUCUGACGAUGAAGGUCUGAAAGAAGAAGAUGAUUCUUCAUCCAAAGAGGAAAAGAAUGACGAGGAGGGAAAAGACAAAACAGAGGAGACCAACGUCAAGAAACCUAAGAGACACAAUCCCUUCAUGCCUCGGGUCAAGGGCAGAGUUAAAGCGAGGGGAGAGGGUGGAGCUGCAGGCAACACAGCAGAGAAUGAAGGUCCAAAAAGGACCUUGUUUGACCAGCUGGAUGACUACCGUAUUGACCCGGCACGGGGUGAAGAAGGACAGGAUGUGGAGGAUCUCAUGGAGUGGUGGGACACAGUGGAAUCUUGGGAAGACACGGCUCAGGAUGAUGACAUGACAGAAAAAGAAGAGGCCAAGGCUUUUGCUGUGACCGCAGAGAAAGUGCAGAAGGGCAUCCGUGUCUUCAACAAACUGUUCUCGGAGCGCGCAGAGAGCCUCUGGCAGCACGUCAUCGACCUCAACACCAUUGCAGACGGCCUGGACAAAUUCAGCAAAAAGACCAAGAUCGCCCAAAUCACUGGUGGCUCCACCAGCGCCAUCGGAGGCGUGGCCACAAUUGCCGGCCUCGCUCUUGCACCAGUCACCAUGGGAACCUCCUUGAUUGUGACAGCAGUGGGACUGGGUGUUGCCACGGCAGGCGGUCUGACAUCAGCAGGGGCCGGCAUCUCCAACCAGGUAAACAAUUCGAUGGACCGCAAGAAGGUGGAGAAGAUCAUUAAGGAUUAUCAGGACAAGAUGGUGGACCUCAACAAGUGCCUGAAGUUCAUCAAGCAGGGGAUUGAGAACCUGAAGAAGUUUGACCUGCUCAAGAUGAAGGACAACGCUUACAACCGUGACUUCCCUGUGCUCACUGCUCAGUUCUAUGAGGACGGUGCCAUGGCAGGAAAGGCGAUCCUCAUCAACGCUAACGAGAUCAUGCGUGUGGUGCAGAUCGCUAACGUGGCGGGCAGCACGGCCGCCAGAGCGGUCCAGAUCGCCAGUAUGGCUACUGGUGUACUCACCGGACUUUUCGUAGGUAUGGACAUUUACUUUGUGGCCAAAGACUCGAAAGAACUCAAGAAAGGUGCAAAGUCAGAGUUCGCCAAGAAAAUCAGGGAGGUGUCCACGCAGCUGCACGACGGUCUGGUGGAGCUCAACGGGAUACGAGAGGAGCUGCAGUGCACCGCACCAGAAAACGAGGACGAAGGCGAUGAUACAGCUGCUUUGGACAGUGACAAGAAAGAGAAAGAAGACAAACACGACACCUCAGAGGAGGAUGAAAUCGACCGCAUUAAAAAAGCCAUCAAAAAGGACUAUGAGAACCGAGAAUACCUUUGACCGUAACCCAAAACCUGGACAAGCACUGAAACUAGACUCUAAUGUUGAGAUUCAGUGUGAGGAUUCGAGCAUUGUCAGUUUCCCAGGAUCCCUACAAAGUGUUUUUGUGUCUCAAAACUUCAGUAUACUUCUGCUUUGUUGGCAUUGAUGAGGUGGAGGGUGCCAAUCUUUUGAAAUUGUUUCUAAAGCUUCAGGACUUCUUUUUGGUACCUGACUUCUUGAAUCUAAACAGCAUUUACAGUCCUGGGAUGAACUGAGCUUUUGCGGUAGAUUUAGUUUCACAUCCGCUUCUCUGGCAAUUGUGCCAACGUUAAACUGCCAUGAUGUCUUCAAGAAAAUGAGAUUCAGAGAUUUAACCGAUUCAUGUAUUUGGUUAGUCCAGUUUUAGAUUAAUUAAAUAAGUAGAUGCAAAUUAUUUUCUCUACUUUAUAACUUAGACUUUAAACUGCUGCUUAGAGUUUCAUGUUGGUUCAUAUUGAAACACAUAUAUUAAUCGGGUGUGGAGACUGUGGGUGAAUAGUGCCUUUUAUUAUUUAUAAUUCUGUGUGCAAUGUAGUGUUACUAUGUUUACUUAUGUUGUUUUAUUUGGUUAUCAGGGCUGCAAAAAAAGAUAUUUCCCCCAUGAUGGAGGUUUUGAAUCUGAUGUGGAAGUUUUUGUUGGGCUUGAUGAAAUGUCUCUCAGAAUGGACGUAAUAAGCUUAGUUUUUUACAGAACAGCCAAAAGUGACAAUAAUGACAGUGCUAAAGAACCAGGAUGAGGUUGCACCAGCUGUUCGUAGAUCCAUCACUAAGAUUGUGUCUAAAGCCACAGUUAGUUGCCACAGUUGGCGGUUACUCUAGCGAUACACUGCUGCCUGAGUAAGAAUUCAACAGGUGACAAUUCUUACAUUUUGCUGUUUUUUAAAACUUAAAUGUCUUCACAAUUAAAGAUUUUAGUAAUGUUAAACAGAUGUUAGGAAAAGUGUGUAAACAGGAAGUCACAAGCUGAAGCAAAACUUUUAAACAUUAUGCUAACCUAGCUUAAGUUAAGGCCAUUGACUUGGUGUAACAUUUUAGUUUUUGUGUAUGUUGUGUUUCUUCCCACUUUGUGUAAUUAUUAAACAGGAUUUUAAUCAAGUCUCAGGUCACAUGUCAGUUAUAUUUCGUAAUCUCUCAGUCACAUAUUUGAAAGCUAACGUUCUGUUAGCGACAUAACAUGUACACCUCACGGCUACUGGUUGUAAAUAUUUAGUAGCAACUAAGGUUGGAGCAACCAGUUUUAAUUCUGUGUUAGGAAGCAUGAAUCAGCACUAAGUAAACACUAUGAAGUGUGAGAGUCAUUUUGAGUUUUUGAACAACUGGUGCAACCGGCUCCAGGGGAAAAACAACACAAAAACCAGUCUGAGGUGAACUUAUUCAACAUAUAUAGGUCACUGAUGAUCUUUUCUUUCCUUUGGUUUCCAUACCAUCAGGUGUAAAAUGAUCUCUUAAAAUGCAACUUGGAUAACACAGGACUGCAAAAAAAAACAGGACUGCUUGUCAGCUCUUUGUUAUUUCCUUUUAUCAUGGCAUCAUUUUUUUAAGACCAUUAUUUCAAUGUUUGAUAUUCGAUCUGUACUAGUCUGAUUAAUGAUCCUCAUAUUUAUUUUUCAGUCCUCUUCUGGGUGUUGUUCAUUCACCUUUUUUUUAUGUGCAAUAUAUUGUAGAACUCCAUGUGUAACAAAUGUAAAUGUAAAAUUGAUAAAUAAAGGCCAUAGAAACAUUU